AUGAGUGGUCAGAGGGUAGUUGUUCCGAAAAAACUCCGAGUUAAAAUUCUCGAAGAGUUACACCAAGGACAUUUAGGAAUCGUUAAAAUGAAGGCAAUCGCCAGAUCCUACGUCUUUUGGAAGGGAAUUGAUCAUGAUAUUGAAGAAGUUUCUAGGAACUGUGUCGAUUGUAUUAAGUUCAAAUCAGAUCCAGUAAGGGCAAGGGUCCAUCACUGGGAAUAUCCAAGUGCGCCUUGGGAACGCAUUCACGUAGAUUUUGCAGGCCCUAUUUUUGAACGAAUGUUCUUGAUUAUCAUUGACGCACAUUCUAAAUGGCUAGAAGUGUAUACCUUAAAGUCAACAAAUUCCUUUCAGACAAUUGAAUGUUUGAGAGACUGUUUUGCAAGAUACGGACUGCCUUUAGUAGUAGUGAGUGACAAUGGUCCUCAGUUCACAUCGGGGGAAUUUGAAACUUUUAUAAGGAAUAAUGGAAUUAAACACAAAACGUGUGCUCCAUUUAAACCGGCAAGUAACGGGCAAGCAGAGCGGUACGUUUACACCGUUAAACAAGCAUUACGUGCAAUGCAAGGUUAUCCAGGAAAUAUUAAGCAAAAACUUGCCAUAUUCCUCAUGAAUUAUAGAAAGGCACCGAACAUGACAACCUUGUUAAGUCCAGCAAUGUUAUUCUUAAAAAGAGAAAUUAGAACUCGAAUUGAUUUAGUUGUUCCAAAUCUUAAACGAAGAGUGGAAGAACGCAUCCGAAGGAAUACUUAUGAUUUCAAAGACAGAAAUUUUGAGAUCGGAGAAAGGUUGCCAUUCGGGAUUACAGAUCGGCAAAUUCCCGAUCGAAAAUUGGCAGAGUGA